AAUGAGCACUAGCUAACAAGAAUUGUUUGAAUAUAUGAGUGAAACCUUAUAAACAUCUGAGAAGGGAUUAUUAGAAAUGCAAAAAUCACAUCCUCAAAGUAAGUUAAAUUAUCUAUUAUUUUUUAAGAUUUCCAAAAGCUUGUUGAAAAGAUGAAGCGAACUAUGAGAAGAGAGAAAGCAAAAUAAAGAAAGUAAAAAGAUGAACCAGAAAUUGUGUCAAGUAGUAAGAAAAUAAAAAGAAAGAAAGAAGAUGAUGAUCCAUUAAGAGAAAAUGAUAAGAAAACUAUAUAGAUGAUACGUAAUAGGAUAAGUGCCUAAAACUCAAGAGAUAGAAAAAAACAAUAAUUACAUCAAUUAGAAUCACAAGCACAAAAAGAACUUGACUAUAAUGCUGAACUAAGAAAACAACUAGAAGAACUUUAAGAGAAACAUCAAAAAUUGACAAAUAAGAGUUAAAAAAUAAGAGAUCAACUAUCAAUUCUAUAGCAAUUAGGUCGUGGAUCCAGAUUAGGUAAAAUAAGUCUUGCUCUCUUGACCCUUGUGUCAGUGUUUUCAGUAAUCUCUUAAAAAGAAGCACAUUAAACAAUAACAACUCCUCUAGUUAAAAUUGAAGAGAUAUCUAGUCAAAGUGCUUUGAGACCUAUAAAUUAUGAGAAAUCAUAUUCAAUUAUAGAUACAAAUACUUUUUUCGAAGAAGAAAAAUUAGGAGUUGGAAUUUCAGAGGAAUCAGAAAAUUGCUACAAUUAAUUGUUGCCAAUCCCCCUUUAUCGGUUAAAUUCAUAGAUAGAAUACGCUUUAGAGCAGCAUAGUUGAA